AUGGCGGAGAAGUUUACGGUUUCGUACAUAGCACUUCUGGCUAUUACUUGGCUAAUCGUCAAAUUAACGGCGAACGAAGUAUCUCAAUUCCCUCGGGACCUGAACGUCCCGGUUGGUGCGAAUGUUACGAUGUUCUGCAAAUUACUACUGACAAACGAUACCGUUGACGUUCGUUGGUGGAGGAAAGGCGAGAAGGGGUUUUUAGAAAGGGACAGCAGAAGACAAUUUACUGUAGAAAGGGGAAGAGGAACACUUGUACUCUGGAAUGUCAAAUUCAGCGACUCUGGGCUGUAUUACUGUGCAGUAAAGUUUCAGGAACAAUACUUAGGGACUGGAGGUGGCACCAAGUUCACUGUGUUCGCUCCUCCAACUCCAGUGGAAAUUGUUCCUGUUGGAGGGUUUUCGUCUCCUCGAAAGCUCCUUUGUAAAACGGCUUGUUUCUACCCGGAGAAAUUAGAAAUCGUUUGGCAAAGAAAUAACAAGCAAAUUCGCACUGGAAUAGAAAGUGUGACAAACCGGAACGUGGACGGCUUGUACGAAGCAUUUAGUUUAUUGGAAAUCACGCAGUCUACUUUGGGAAAAGAUACUUACACCUGUCUGGUGUCGCAUGUCUCCCUCACGGUGCCUGCCAAUUUCAGCUACAUCCAGGAGCAAGACAGCAAUAAAAUCUUGAUUUUUCGAAGUGCAUUGGGCGGACUGGCAAUUGUAACGCUGAUUAUAAUUUUGAUAAGAAUCGGAGUUAAGGCAAAACGUGGUAAGAACAUGAAUGAUUUGACAAGUAUUUCCAUUUAUUACCUCUGCAGAUUGAAAGAGGAAAUGAUAAUGAGAGAAUCAAGAUUUCCAAGGCAUUAUCGGAUUCACAUUCGACAAUACUAA